UUGUGUCUGACUCGUCCGGUUUUUUGUAUUCCGUAUUGUGCAUAUUUUCGGGAUUUAAUUUGUGCGACCGAUUGAAAGAGAAAUCCUUCCCGGCGACGGUGUCAGUCUCUGCGCGUAGAAGUGGUAGAACGCUAGUGGGCGGUGGUGUAAAGUGAACCGCUAAACAUCAACCCAUUUUCCUUCCUCUCCCUGGUUGGUUGCGGUUGUCCCUGUUGACACCGUACGUGUGCACAAAAACACAGCAAUCUACGUGCAGACAUGGGUGGACUAUUCAGUUACUUUCGGGGGCUGCUAGGCAGCCGGGAGAUGCGGAUACUGAUUCUCGGUCUGGAUGGCGCCGGCAAGACGACAAUACUGUACCGAUUGCAGGUGGGCGAGGUAGUGACCACAAUACCGACGAUAGGAUUCAACGUGGAACAGGUGACGUACAAAAACCUUAAAUUCCAAGUGUGGGAUCUAGGAGGACAGACCAGCAUACGACCAUAUUGGCGCUGUUAUUACAGCAAUACAGACGCUAUCAUCUACGUAGUUGAUUCCGCAGAUAAGGAUAGGAUAGGCAUAUCAAAAGAUGAGCUACUUUACAUGUUAAGGGAAGACGAACUUGCCGGGGCAAUACUGGUCGUGUUGGCCAACAAACAGGACAUGGAAGGGUGCAUGAGCGUAGCGGAGGUGCAUCAAGCGCUCGGGCUGGAAGCGCUGAAAAAUCGAACGUUCCAAAUAUUCAAAACAUCCGCCACCAAAGGAGAAGGCCUCGAUCAGGCCAUGGACUGGCUGUCGAACGCGUUACAGGCGAGAAAAUAGCUCCAGAAAACAGCGGUCCCUUUCGUUACGUUCGUUCAUUUCGUUCCGCGUCACCUUCCGAUACGUUAAGUAUGUGUAGUUUCACGGCGUGGCCAGCGUCUCCAACGCAGGGUGGGAUUGGGGAGAGAUUUCUGUAGAGUACAUUCAAAACAACGCUAUCGCUUGUCGUACGAAAGCGGCAAAAUGGGAUUUUAUCCUUCCAUUCGGAACCAUUCGUUUCCACUGAGAACGAACAGCCGGCGCGUAUCCAUACAUUGCCGGACCCCACAUUGCCCGGUCGGAAGGUUCCGGUCUGGGACAAGAACCUUAGCAUAUUUUAUAGCUUACAUUUUGUCAAAUGCGUUAUUGCUUUAGUGAUUGCUUGACCGUACCCGUUUGAUGGUGAGCUGGUGAGCAACCAAUUGUGUCCGGGCUAUUGGAGCAUCGCGGAGUUAGAAUAGUUAAGGGUUGUAUACGCUACCCCCUCCCCGAAACCGAU